CAAAUAUUAUCUUAUUAUAUGUCUCAUCGAGAGCGUAAAAAAUAAUACAACUGCGUAGUAAUCACGAAUAACACAUAGCAUCUUAACUCAGUGAUAUAGCGUAAACACUGCUGAACGUUGCGUUAUAAUUAAAUUUCCUAUAAAAUUUAUUCCAAAUACAUAACUGCUAAGGCCAAAUUAAAAAGAAAUUAUCGCGUCACGAUAUCAAUACGAGUAGGGCUCGUGUACGCGCGUAGUGACUACAUGUGUAUAUGUGCGUAUCUGUACGUUUGUAUAUGCGUGUGAUUGCUUACACGCAUUAAAAGUUGUGCGUAUGUGUGUAAUUGCUGAAUACUAUACAACCAACUUUUAAAAAUUGACUAGAUCUGUGUUGUGCAAAAGAAAUCAUCAUGACUAACCGCUUACUGUUUACUUUGUUUUCAUUAAUAAUUCUCAACGCUCUAAAUCUGGUAUUUGCGUAUGAUAAUGCCAGCGCAGAUAAAAACAAAAAUUCAAAUGAGACUUCCGCACGGUACCGACUACCCGAGGAAAUCGUUCCCGUAUCCUACGAUCUGUCAAUCUACACACAUCCCAGUGACGCGGAUUACAAUGGUCACGUACGAAUCAUCGUGCAAGUGCUCGGACAGAUAGAUUUUAUCGUCCUACAUACGGAUACAUUAACUGUACAAACAAACGCAUCUUUAUCGGAUAAAUCGGGUCAGUCGGUUCCGAUUUUGAAAUAUGUGUAUGAUGAAGAAACACAAAUGCUCACGAUUAAACUCGAGCGCGCAUUGGAACCUGAAAAGUAUACCUUAGAAGUGUCCUUCAAUGGAUAUAUCUCAAACGACGUUUUCGGCUUUUACGCAAGUCUAUAUGAAGUUGACGGAAAACUUAAACGAAUCGCCGUGACUCAAUUUUCGCCCACAUAUGCACGUCGUGCAUUUCCUUGCAUGGACGAGCCAUAUUUGAAAGCGGAAUUUCAAUUGCGAAUUGGUCACCAUAAAGAUCAACAAGCAACGAGUAACACUCCAGUGGAAUCUAUACGAAUAAAAAACAAUACUUACUACGUGACCACAUUUCGCCGUACACCGCGAGUUUCGACGUACUUGGUAGGAUGGACAUUGCACAACUUCGUCCCGGAACGAUCAAGAAUUUCGGAGAACUUUCAAAUGUGGACGAGAGAUUCUAUGAAGUUUCGCGGAUCGAUGGCCUUGAAUCGCGGUCGAGCGGUCUAUUCGGCGUUGCAGACGUGGUUAUCGGUGGAGAGCCCGCUCGAGAAAGUCGAUCAAUUCGCAAUACCGGAUUUCAAUUUUAACGCGAUGGAAAAUUGGGGUCUCAUCACAUACCGAGAAUCCGUGGUGUUGCACGAAAACGACACCACCCCGACGAGAAUAGUGCUGAACGGACUAACGACGAUGGCUCACGAGUACGCUCACAGUUGGUUCGGAAAUCUGGUGACACCUCGAUUCUGGGAUAUUGUUUGGUUAAAGGAGGGUUUCGCUACGUAUUUUCAAUACUUUGGUGUGUCCUUAACGGAACCGGAUCUGAGGAUGAUGGAUGUAUUCGUGAUAGAUUGUCUGCAGCCGACACUGCUCGCAGAUUCCGACAAUCAUUCACGCACGUUGAACGGUCGGGAGGUCGGGAGCCCUGGCAGCAUUAUGGCUGCUUUGGAUUUCGUUUCUUACAAAAAAGGUGCAUCUAUAAUUCGUAUGGCCAAUCAUAUGAUCGGCAGUGCAGCAUUUCAAUUAGGGUUGCAAAAUUAUUUGCGUGAGAUGUCAUAUCAAGCAGCCACCCCAUCGGACGUAUAUCGAUACUUGCAAGCCGCAUCAGAUAGAUCAGAGCGACUGCACAAGCACAUACUUAUAAAAGAUGUCAUAGAGUCCUGGGCAAAUCAGCCAGGAUAUCCCUUAGUGACUAUUAUGCGAAACUACACGGCGAAAACUCUGUUCGCUUCGCAAGAACGAUUUUAUUUGAAUCGGCAAGCAGCGCAAGCAGAUUCUGAAAAAUCGGGCUGGUGGAUACCGUUGACUUUCUUUACCGAAGACUCGAAUUCCACAUCUAAUCAAACUACUACAGCAGCAUGGUUGGAACCGAAGAUCGAGAGCGCAAUAAUUGGAUUUUGCGAACCAAAUUCCUGGGUGAUUUUCAAUGUACAACAAAUUGGAUAUUAUAGAGUCAACUAUGACGAAAAUAACUGGAAAAUGCUUAUCGACUACCUAAGAUUGAAAGAUUUGGAAACGAUACACGUGAUAAACAGAGCCGCGCUUGUAGAUGAUGCUUUUAAUUUAGCUAGAGCCGGUUAUGUGGAUUAUUCUAUUCCAUUUGACAUUGCGACAUAUCUCAUUCGCGAAAUCGAAUACGAACCGUGGGUCGCCGCGAUAAACAAUUUUAAUUUUCUUAAUCAUAUUCUUGCUGACUCACCCCGGAUACAACAACUUUUUCAGGAUUAUGUAAAUCGCAUACUUAAGCCGAUAUAUAAUCUACUAAGCUUUAUCGAAAAUCCCGCGGAUAGUUCGACAACGAAGUUGCAUCGCGAGCUAAUCUUGUCGGCUGCAUGCUCGGUCAACAACAUCCACUGUCUAAAGACAUCAAAAGCUCUAUUUGAGUCAUGGAUUUCUGCAUCUGAGAAAAAAAUUCCAGCAAAUCUCAAGAGUUUCGUGUAUUGCACGGGUAUUCGUGUAGGUGAUGAUAACGAUUGGCAUACAACUUGGAACAGGUACCUGCAAACUGAUUUACAUACAGAACAAGAGCUUUUGCUAAAUGCACUGGGAUGUACUAAAAAUCUUUAUUUAAUCAAAAAAAAUCUCAAUUUAUCUAUAACUUUAACUGAUACAAAACUUCGCAAACAAUACAGGAUGACAAUGGUUACCGCCAUUUUGAACGGCAAUCCCGAGAACGUAAACUAUGUCAUUGAUUUUCUUGACCAUAAUUUGAGCGCAAUUCUUAAAUCGAGAGGAAAUGAUUUUUUAAAUAAGAUGCUCACUGCUAUAGGCAAUAAAAUUAUAACAGAAACUCAAUUAAGCAAGCUUCGCUUAUUUGUUAAUGAGAAUAUUAACAAACUAGGAGCAUCAUUGAAUUCAGCGAGAAAAGCCAUAGCUGUUUCUACUGCGUGCAUAGCAUGGAUCAAUAAAUUUUUACCUAUGAUUGAAAAAGCGCUGUUACAUGGCCGCGUUUGA